AUGACAGACACUAUUAUUGGAGGUGGGGUUAGUGAAUUUGUGGCCAAUCGCCAAUACGCGAAGAUCCAAUAUUUGCAAGAGGAGAACAAACAAUUGCUAGAGUAAUUGAAGGACAUGGAGAAGGCAUUAAUAUUGAAUAAAGAAGUUCUUCGCUUGUCACUUGAACAAAACCUAAACAAUUCCAAUAACUCAACAAAUUGUAGUGAGUAGAAUUAAACUCUUCAUUUGCAAAUGAAAUUGCAUGAAGAAAAUGAAAUGCUCAGAAACUAAAUUGUUAAAUUGACAGAGGAAAGAAACUUAGCAUAAAACAAAGUUUUGUUGUAAUCUCAAAUAUCCGAAGAAAACUAAGCGUUUUUGAAGGAUUUAAUUGUUGAAUUGGAAGAGAAAGUAGGGGAAAUGCGAAGAUGCAUCUAAGAUAAAGAAUACACGAUUCAAGACAUUGAGAAAAGCAGAGGUUUAAUUGACAAUGGAUAGAUGGUAAAGAUCAGGGAGAUCGUAACACCACACGAAUAAACCUUGAGGUUGACCGAGGAAUUAGAAUCUACCAGAUAGCUUUUAAAUAAGGUAUCUCAAGGAUCCCAGAAACUACAGGAACAGAACAGAAUGCUAAAAGACCAAAAUUAAAAUUUCCUACGAGAGUAAAUCAAAUACCAUCUGAUACUAAGGAGUCCUUUGGCAUAUUAUAAGAUGAAAAGCUACGUUUAUAAUGAUGAUCUAGGUCAUUCAGUUGAUAAUCUAGAAAUUCAUAAUGAAAAUUAUUCGAAUUAAGUCUUUAAUACAGGUCAAAAUGAUCCUGCCCCAUAAAGAGAUGGGUAAUACUAAUAACAAUAACAAAAUAAUAUGAAAUAUUUGACUAAUAAUGAGAGGGCAAUUUAUUAAGAGAAAUUAUAAAAAACGGAGUCUUUAUUGAAAGGAUACAAGGAGUUGUUUGAAAAGGAAAAGAAUAAGGUAGGGUUGUUAGUUUAAAUAAAAGAUGAUUAAGAAAGAAAGAUCGAAGAAUGUUAUAGUUAUAAUGAAGUGAUACUCUAGGCACUUAAAAACAAAGAUCAAAAAAUAGAAUAAUUAUAGACUGAAAUGCAAUAUUAUAAGACCUAAUUUGGAAAUUACAUGUACUUUCUCAAAAAUAAAAGAAAAGUUAAUCUAGAUUUAUCAUUGUAAUUGAAAGAACCAAUAAACAAUGUACAACCUUCUCCACCUCCUAUAUCAAAUAAUAAAAUACUAAUUAAUUUUGAUGAGGAAUUUGAAUAACCUGAAAAGCAUAUCAGUGUUUUAGAUCCUGUUGAUGAUGAUCCUUCACCUGACAAUAGAAAAAAUAUUGACUUAGAUGGUUAGAUGAAACAACAAAAUAAGAUGAGCAAUAUUCAAGAGCCUAAUUACUCUGAAAUGAAUUAAUAGGAAUGCAAAUAGUUUCUUUAGAAUACUGCCAUCGAACUUUUUGUGCAGUACAAUUUGAAGAUGAACAAUUUGAAAAAAAAGUAAUUAAUGCAUCCAUCGAUGUCUUUAAAGACUAAACCUAUCUGGCAUGCAAAGUCAUUUAGUGACCCUCUAGAUUACUUUACCUUACAAUAUUACAACCUUUAAGUCUCGGGACAAUAUGAAAUAAAUCAAAGAUGCAAUCUGCCAAACUUUCAAACAAUGAAGCAAGGUAAAGGACUUGAAAAACCAAAGUAAGUGUGGGAUAUUGAUUUUAAUGAACUGUCUAUUAUUUAAGGAGAGAAAAGUCAAUUUUUUCAAUGA